GCGCUGGCCCUCUCCCCCGGAGCCGCCCGCGCCCCUUCCCAGCCGGGCGCCCCGCCUGACGUGUGGACGCCUCCUUCCCUGCCUCCCUGCCGGGUCCGGGCUCUUCUCCUUCGGAGCCAAAGCAGGAAAGUUUGGAAAGUGGUCUUGGGCAAGAGAGAGGCCCAGUCCUCCCAGGCUCCACCGGGGAAGGGCCGGCCAGGGAGGGCCUGCCCUGGGCCCCAGUCCUUGCUGCUCGGCUGCCUGCCACUGGCCCCAGCCUCCCUCUGGGUCUCCUUCUCUCCGCAGGAGGCUGCCAUGCCCACCAGCCCCGAGAGCCCCCUCCCCGGCGCCCAGGCCCUGGACCUCCUGGAGCUGCAGCUGGAUCCCGAGGAGCAGGGCCCCGGCCGCCGCCGCCGCCUUCCGGAGCCUGCUUCGGGGCCCCCGGGGCAGCAGAGCCCCUUCCUGGCCGUCUACCAGCCGAAGCCCCUGCGCUCCCCGGGAGCCCUCUUCCGCCCAGGGCUGCCGGUGGUGGCCCGCGUGGAGAGCGCCGAAAGGUACACCCGCGGCUCCAAGGUGCGGCCGAGCACCCUUUACUCCUUACGGCUGACCCAUGGCGAGUUCACCUGGACCAUGAAGAAGAAGUUCCGGCACUUCCAGGAGCUCCACCGGGACCUGAUCCGGCACCGGGUGCUCCUCACCUUCCUGCCCUUCUCCCGGUUUUCCCUUCAGAGCCCUCCACCGCGAGGAGCCACCCUGGGAUUGCCGUCUCUGCCCCAUGGAGGAGAGGUCUCUCGGCGCCCCUCCAGCAAACAGAAACACCUGGAGAACUACCUCAAUACCCUUCUGGGGGCCAGCUUCUAUCGCAACUACCACGCUCUGACGGAGUUCCUGGAUGUGAGUCUGCUGUCUUUCAUCCCGGACCUGGGACCCAAAGGCCUGGAGGGCAUGAUCCUGAAACGUUCGGGGGGCCACCGCCUCCAGGGCCUGAACUGCGCUGGCCGCCACCAGAUCUGCUACCGCUGGUCAAAGAGGUGGCUGGUGGUGAAGGACUCCUUCCUCCUCUACAUGAAGCCUGAGUCGGGGGCCAUCUCCUUUGUGCUGCUCUUUGACACGGGCUUCAGCAUCCAAGUCGGCAAGAAGCCCACUGAGACCAAGUACGGGGUCCGCGUCGACAACACCUGCAGGUCGCUCAUCCUGAAGUGCAGCAGCUACCGGCAGGCGCUCUGGUGGUGCCAGGAGAUCACCGAACUGGCCGAGGGGAAAGGCCGGGACUUCCUGCGGCUUCAUCGCCACGACAGCUUCGUCCCCGUUCGCAAAGAGACCCCCGCCCGCUGGUUUGUCAAUGGGACUGGGUACUUUGCUGCCGUGGCAGACGCUCUGAUGCAAGCCAAGGAGGAGAUCUUCAUCACUGACUGGUGGCUCAGCCCAGAAGUCUACAUGAAGCGACCGGCCCAAUCGGACGAAUGGAGACUGGACCUUAUCUUGAAACACAAAGCAGAGGAGGGGGUCCACGUCUGCGUCCUGCUCUUCAAGGAAGUGGAGCUGGCCCUUGGCAUCAACAGCGACUACAGCAAGAGGGCCCUCAUGCUGCUGCACCCCAACAUCAAGGUCAUGCGCCACCCUGACCACGUCUCCUCCAUCAUCUUCCUGUGGGCUCACCAUGAGAAGCUGGUGGUGGUGGACCAGUCCGUGGCCUUCCUGGGGGGCCUGGACCUGGCCUACGGACGCUGGGACACUCAUGAAUACCGCCUCACGGACCUGGAUGGCGAUGACUGCCUUGGACCCAAGGGAGGGGCGGCCCCUCCUGGGGGGGAUGAGGGGACCCCCAUUGACCUGGCCACCAACCAGCGCCUCUGGCUGGGCAAGGACUACAGCAACCUUAUUGCCAAGGACUGGGUGCAGCUGGACAAGCCCUUCGAAGAUUUCAUUGACCGCCGCAAGACCCCCCGGAUGCCAUGGAGGGACGUGGGGGUGGGCGUCCAUGGACCAGCCGCCCGGGACCUGGCCAGGCACUUUAUCCAGCGCUGGAAUUUCACCAAGACUGUGAAGGCCAAGUACAAAGGACCCGAGUACCCCUACCUGCUCCCCAAGUCUCCGCGGGUGACCCCACACCUCCCCUACAUUGUGCCAGGCGCACAGAAGGCCAGUGUCCAGGUCUUGCGCUCCGUUGACCGCUGGUCGGCCGGCCUCCAUGAAUGCUCCAUCUACAAUGCCUACCUGAGCGCCAUCCGGAACAGCCGCCACUAUCUAUACAUCGAGAACCAGUUCUUCAUCUCCUGUGCGGACGGACGCUCUGUGCUGAACACCGUGGGGGACGCCAUCAUCGACCGAGUGCUGCUCGCUCACAGUGAAAAGAAACCCUUCCGCGUUUAUGUGUUGCUCCCUCUUCUGCCCGGAUUCGAAGGGGACAUCACCCAGGGAGGAGGCAACUCCAUCCAAGCCAUUUUGCACUUUACCUACCGGACUCUCUGCCGCGGAGACACCUCCAUCGUCGGCCGCCUCAGUGCAGUCAUGGGGGAAGACUGGAAGAACUAUGUCUCUUUCUGUGGUCUGCGGACCCAUGGUGAGCUGCGAGGAAAACUCCUCACGGAGCUGGUCUACAUCCACAGCAAGAUGCUCAUCGCCGACGACCGGCUUGUCAUAAUCGGAUCUGCCAACAUCAAUGACCGGAGCCUGCUGGGGAAAAGAGACAGCGAACUGGCCGUCCUGGUGGAGGACACGGAGUUUGUGGCGUCUGUCAUGGAUGGGCAGGAGUACCAGGCGGGGAGGUUUGCGCUCAGCCUGCGCCUGGAUUGCUUCAGGUGUGUUUUGGGUGUGACCUCCAACCUUGACAUCGAUAUUCGGGAUCCAGUCAGUGACCACUUCUUCCAUGAAAUCUGGCAAACCCGGGCUGCAUCCAAUGCGGACAUCUACGAAAAUGUCUUCCGCUGCCUCCCCAUGGACGCUGUGCGCUCCCACCGAGCCCUCCGGGAGUACGUCAGCGUGGAGAACUUGGCCUCGGUCAGCCCCAUCAUCGCUCGGGACAACCUGAAGAAGGUGCAGGGCCACUUGGUCCGGUUCCCGCUGGAGUUCCUGGCCGAGGAGUCCCUCCUGCCGCCGCUCAACAGCAAGGAGGGCAUGAUCCCUGUGGAAGUGUGGACCUGAAGCUGCGCUCGGAGGGGCCUGGAGGAAGCAAGAGCCAAGGGAGGCCAGCGGUCAAGGAUCAGGCUCUCCUCCGGUAGGAUCGCCUGUGGGUUCGAGGGGCCUGCAGACUAGCACCCCACAGACUCUGCUGCUUGCUCCAGUUGACGUUUGCCACGCUUGCUAUCAAGAAAGCGAUUCCAUCUUCAGCCAUCUCCAACGGAAAAACAGGGCAGCUUCCAUCAUUCCCUCAAAAGGACAUUAACUCCAGCUCUAGAAAUGUUUCCAUGGUUCCCUGCCUUCCAUUGCUGGGCAAGGGAAGCCUUGUUCCAUUCACACCAGCACUUUGCCUGCCUGACCAUAUGAGGAGGGCAGGCAAGCAGCCAGCCAGCAUGGCCCAUCUUCCUCUUUAGAACAUUCCAGAAGGUUGUGGGAGGGGAAGAACUGACCAUCCCCGCUUCCUCUCCUUCCUGAUGUUUACAUCCCUUGGCUAACUGUGGACCCAGCCUCCCCCCAAUUCUCCCAUGAGGUUAUUGCUCUCAUUUCAGAAUUGUGUUUAUGGUUUGUCUGCUAUUCGACAUAGGCUUCAAAACUGGCGUUAAGUUCCAUUGCUUCCCUGCGAGGACGGUUUUGAGGACACUGUUUUUAUUGCAUUGUACUUUUUAUAUGAUCAGAAUUCUCAGUUCUCUUGCUCUACUACAUUUCACAGAGUGCCUUGGAGCAAAUCUGUGCAGUUCAGAAGAGUUUCAGCCUAGUAGCUGCUCAAAAGCACAUCCAAGGGAGGGAAUGUGAAUGGUGGCCAGGUGCCUUGUGCGCAAGAGGCCACCUCUGCCUUCUUUUGCCAUUCAGAUGUGUAUGCUGGCCAUCCAGGCCAAUGGGCAAAGGGGUCCUUUGGCACCAACUGAGAGGAAGGAGUUGGGAGCCUUAGCUUUUGUAGACUAAGCCUAUUUCAUAAGACUUUGUCUACCAUCUUCUUUCUCUCAGUUAGUCUCAGACGUGCCAAAGAGUCUCUUUGCAUGGUGAUAUUCCAGACUAACACAGCGAUGCCUUUAUGUUCAUCUGGCCGAUGUCCAGGUGGGAACGAUCUUCCUCCCAUUUUGGCAUGCUGUGCCUGCAGCAUGCUGCCUUAUUGAUAUUAUUGUUAUGACCGGUGCUGCUUUUCUGAAGCUGCACACCUUGGUUUCCAAAACCCAUGUGGAGCUGCUCCUCAAAUGCAAGAGAAAGGGGAAGUCCGAGGCCCAUCGCUGCUCCUUUCUGUACCGAAGUGCCUCUUGUUUAUCGACAUAUUAAAUAAACGUAACUGCCGUUUCCUGGCUGUUCGUUGGCAAGGA